AUGAUUGAGUGGCCGGUCUUUGACGCCGAGACCCGUCCUCUAUAUCGCAAUCAUAGCGGACGGCGUGUGAAGUGUCGGUCGCCUGAGAGCCAGUACUUAACCAUUAGGCGUAUCAAUCAUACGGCCAUUGAUAUUAAAUACUUAGCAAAUACUCAAUCACUGCCGCAAUGUUUUGCCACAGAAUUGUCGCGAAUUAAGGGUUUGGAGUCACGAGUGAUGUACGGCUUAAAAGUGGGUCCAAUUGAGGGAUCUGUCGAUCUGAGUAAAUGGGAUGCCGUCCGCGUCGAGUGCUAUACCAUUAAAAACACAACACAAAAACUCGAGUCAAAUAAUUACAUCAAAAACAAAUACAAAGUGGUCGACAGAAUCGUGCCGUUAAUACCGGCCAAGAGGUCGGACGAGACCAUGAAUUACAAGACAAGGACAUCAGGCAAACAGGACGGGAGGCCUAAUGUGCUUAUGCUGGGCAUUGACUCUAUUUCGUGGCUUAGUUUUAAACGACAUUUUAGUUUAACCAAAACUUUGGCAGAAAAACACGACUUCUAUCCUAUUUAUGGCUAUAAUAAGAUCGGCGACAAUACUUUCCCUAAUCUGAUGGCUAUACUGACGGGUAAUUUCUAUCAUCACUUCUGGAAUGAGUCGAUGAGGACUACGAAAUACUUCGAUGACUUGCCAUUCGUUUGGAAACACUUCUCAAGACAUGACUACAUGACAGCUCUCAUCGAAGAUAUGCCCCGAUAUUCACUCUUUAACUUCAAUAGGAAAGGCUUUGUCGACAAACCGACGGAUUAUUAUUUACGGCCCGUUUCGGUGGCGAUCGACAGACAACUCAAAAGACAUUGUUAUAAAGACGGGAUGGAAAUAGAGUUUUAUUAUAAUUAUACUUACGAUUUGGUGGACGCUAUGAGAAGUCGGCAGCAAAAGUACUUUGCAUUUGUAUUUAUGGCUCAUUUAACUCAUAAUAACGCCAAUUAUGCGGGUUAUGCCGAUUUGCCCGUCUAUGAGCUCUUAUCAAAACUCUUUGAUAAUAAUCUGCUCAACGAUACCAUUGUUUUCCUGUACUCAGACCACGGCAUCCGUUUCGGUAAAAUCAGAUCAACCGCUUCGGGAACUGUUGAAGAGAGGCUACCAUUCGUUUACAUAUAUUUACCGAAAGCUUAUAAAACUGAAUCCAUUGAUAAAAAUCUUCGGAUAAACGCUCGCAGACUCACCACUCCUUUCGAUAUAUACGCCACUCUCAGACACAUAGCAAACGGCGAAGCGGAACCUAAUCUAAGUCACGGCAUGUCUUUGUUUAAUGAGAUCCCAGCGAACCGGAGCUGCGAUAGCGAACAGAUAUCAGAGCACUGGUGUACUUGUGCUCAACAACAACACCAAUUGAAAAGUUACCAAAACAUUACAUUUAUCGCCAAUUUUGUGGUGUUUGAAGUGAACCGUCUGUUGAAACCGGUGUCCAAUUUAUGCAAAAAGUUAUUAUUAAAUCAAAUCGAGUCGGCGUUUGAGUCGAGACGAACUCAAACACAUUAUGAGAAAUACUAUUUAAUAAAACUAGAGACGUGGGAUGGGAUAGAGUUGCCAACAAAUAGAUCGUCCAAAUGGUUGCCAAAAGGCAUCAAACGCCAGGGCAUGUCUGACCUGUCAGUGAUGGCCACUUUAGUCUGA